AGUAGAAGAUAGAUAAGAUAGAUAAAUAGAUAGGUAUAUAUCUAUAUGUACAGAGAGAGAGAGAGAGAGAGAAGAGAGCAAUUUAUCGAUAGAUAUCUAUAUAGAUCAUAGAUACAAUAUAUCUAGAGAGAGAGAGAGAGAGAGAGAGAGAGAGAGAGAGAGAGAGAGAGUUGGGUCAGUAUGGGAGCAGCAGCAGCAGAUGCGAGGAUCGCCAAGGAGAUGGAGUGCCUUGGGAGCCCAAGACCUCUGCUUUGCAAGUCAGCGUCAGUGCCAAAUAUCGGACAAGCCUUUUACACUACCACUAAUUCUACCUAUGGCAGCGGGGUGAUGGGUACCUACGGCUAUGCCGUUGGCAGUUACGGCUCAACUGUCACGGCCGCUCCUGAAUACAAUGCAAUUUUAGGUCGAUCGGCAGAAUCUGUGGGGGCUGCGGGCGCCAGGGAGAAGCGUCUGUUGUUGCCCGCCCCUUCGGCAGCCCAAGGCCCCACACGUGGCGGCAUUCUCGACAAACCCGCCAAAAAUCAGGUUAAGGAUAAGAAUCAGGUUCGCAUUCCCGCCACCGCAUCCUUUUCGACUCUAGGUGUCAAACCCGAUCCCGUUAACAGGCUGGCCCUUGCCUGCCGUUCUCCCACCCGCAAGGCAAUCAUCGACCCCGUUCGAUUCGAUCUCAAGGGCAAGAGGCUUUACAGCAACGUUCCGCCCGACGAAGCCGAUCCAAUCAACAAGCAGGAGUGUGGAGACUGUGGUGUGUGGGAGAGGAAGCCCGUUGAGGAGGUGGAUUGGAGGCCUGGUCGCUUCGUGGCUCAGCCAAUCACCGGCAGCAACGUGCUCGUGCUAGCGGAUACCACCCAUCCUCCUCCAACAUCUUUCCCGCCAUUUUAUGGAGGCAAAUGCGUGACAAAGGAGGACGGGGACAAAACGUGCGAGGAAAUUUGUGCUGCUAAACAAGAUUUAAUACUGGAGACGAAGGUAAAAUCAAGAAUAGGGAACUGGGAAAGGGGAUUCCAAUUGUCCCUCUUUGGGAGAUCGCUAGUCCUAUCAGCGGCGGCAUUCUCAAUUUUAUGGUUUCCUAUGGGGGUCCACUUACUUGGUGAUAGGGCCUAUCACAACAUCCGGCAGUCGGCAGUGGGUUACAUCUGGAAACCAACGGCUAAAGAAGGGGAAGGAGUUCUGUCAAAAGUUGCCUGGGACACGGUAGCACAACCGAGAGAAGAUGGAGGUCUGGGCCUUUUGGAUCCGAGACAACAAAAUUUGGCAUUACUGGGAAGAUGGCCCAUUAAGGCCAUGUAUGAAAAGGAGGAGAAGACAUGGAUUAAAUUAGCAGAGUAUAUCUUGGGAAUGGAAUGGGAACUGGACAAUCAUAAGGCGGUCUGGCGUUGUCUGCUACUACCAUCCUUUGCGAACAGGCGUCCAAAGUCGCAAGUCUGGAAGGCCAUCCUUACAGCGUGGCAGAAAAUUAGACCAACAGAACACUGUCCCCCUCUUUCGAAAGGACAAGUGCUGAACGAACUGCUGUUUGAGAACACCGAAAUACUGCAACAAGAUGGAACCCCCUUUCCAGUGACUCAGACACAGGGGAGCUUCGGCAACUCUUGGAUCAAGAAGGGGAUCCUUAUGAUCAGGGAAAUCUGGGAUGAACAGAUGAACGACUGGGUCACAGAGCAGAAAUUACGGCUAUAUCUUCCGAGGGUACAUAAUAUAAGGAAGCACUUUGCAGCCCUGAAGGCAGCGAUCCCCGAGACCUGGAAAGCCCUGCUGACAGGAGAAGCGUUACCGCAGGAGAACUCAUGGGUAAGAGCGCCAUCAACAGAAGAGAAAUUUUGGAGGAUUUUGGGACCAGACCUUCAGCAAGGUACGAGAAUUCAGGAAUGGAAACCAACGGCAAACUUGACAACAGAACAGGAGCUGAGCAGACAGCUAACUUUGAUAGAGGAGAGAACGGUGAAUUUGAACAGGGAUCUAGAGGAAGUAAKGGUAAUGCUGAUUAAAGAUAAAAGAGGGARGGAGCAAUGUCUGGGGGGAGUGUCACCUGCCCGAUAUAAAGUGGAGCCCUUUAKUUAUGGCUGGAAGUUGAGGGGCUACCAAUCGGAGUUCCUUCCUCUAGUACACUGGCAGCAUAAGAACGCUUCCCUUCCCGCCAUCGCGCAUCUCAUGAUGGAGCAGCCUCGUCGUCCGAGCAAGCAGCAGCAGCAGCAGCCGCCGCCGCCGCAGCAGCAGCCGCAGGUGAGAAGGCUAUCUGACCCCAGCAGCGCAAAGAAGAAGAUGGUGGGAAGUAUUCACGUGGAUGAGGUGGUUGAACACCUCUCAGCCGCUGCGGCGGCGGUGUCGGACCAUGCGCCGCCGUCCCGCCGCCCAAGUGGGCAGCAGCAGCAGCAGCAGCAGGUAAGAAGGCUUUCAUCAGACUCCAGCAGUGCAAAUGCCAACAACAAUGCGACCGAUCCGCCGAUCGAGAAGAAGACGAGGGCGGGAAGUAUUCACGUGGACGAGGUGGUUGAUCACCUCUCCGCCGAUGCGUCGAUGGCGGACCAUGAUGGCACCGACUAUUCUCAUUGGGAGAAGAAGAGGGAGGGAAGCCUUACGGUGGACGAGCUGGUCGAAGACCUUUCAUCCCUCAGUUAUCAGGCUGAGGAGGAUGAUGAAAUUGCGUGGCAACUCCAUCUGGCAGUGGAUGAUGUCCUCGAAGAUCGCGACACGGUGAUUGGUUGGGGUCGGUAUCCGCCAGCUGUACCCCUGAAAGGGCAACAUGGGGCCAUAAUUAAGCGCGCGCGAAAGAUGUCCGAUCCCGGCCCCAGCGCUGACGUGCCCAAGGAACUGCCAAGAGAAGAUCACGUGGCAUCGGAAACGGCAGGCACGCUUCUCCACGACCCGCAGCCUCUUAUGGAUUACAUCUUGCGGGAGGUGACGUCAACCAUGAACGAGGUGAUGGAGAGUGAGGAGGGGGUCGGCUGGGGACUGGGGGAGUUUACCUUUUUCCGGAAGCGGCAUCCUUCGGUCAUCAGGCGCGCGGGAUACGCGGAGAUAAUCAGCACAGAUGGGAUGCCAGACCUGACGAAAGUGUCCAAUUACAUAGACAAGCACCUCAAAUCGGUCCUGCUCAAGGGACUGGUUACUCUGGCCAAGGCUAAGCCCACUUCGGACCCCUUGACAGCAAUCCACUGGUUAGCAAAAUGGAUUUUGGAGAAUAACCCCAACAAGCCAGAUGUUUUCGAAGAGGGGGCCAUGCCCAUAGCAGAGUUCACCUCAAACACCCCCCUGAGGGAGGAGGACGAGGAGGAGAAGGUACCUCCUGUGGUGUCAGGCGUCGAGGGGGAAACGCAGGAGGAAGGGGGCGAUCAUGAUCAUGAUCAUGAUCAUGACGGUAGCGUUGAUGAGGUGGUCGAAUUCCUCUCAGCCACUGCGGCGGCGAUAAACGAUCCGCCGCGGUCGCGCCGCCCAAGUGAGCAGGGGCAGGAGCAGCAGCAGCAGGCCAGACGGCUGUCAUCCGACUCCAGCAGCGCACAUGCCAAUCCAACCGAUCCGCUGGUUGAUAAUGAUCAAUAUUAUCAUGAUCAUCAGACUGACCAUCAGACCUUGAGAUGGAUGAGAACUCAGCCUGUACUCUCUGACGCAUUGAAGCGUUGGAUAGAAGUCAUUGAGCAGUAUGACUUUGACCCUCAGUACAUUAAGGGUGAGUACAAUAAGGUUGCUGAUGCCUUGUCACGUAGACCUGACUUCUCAGGUGCGCUGAUUACUGAGUACGAUCUUACGGAAGAUGUCACUCGAUCCUUGGUGGAAGCCUAUCGAGAGGACCAAUUUAUGUCUGAGAUCAUAUGCAGACUCGAGGCGAAGGAUAAACAAACUUCAGCCGAGUUUGAGUUAGUCAAUGGCUUGCUGUUUCUCGAGAAGGAAGGGAAUAAACGUUUGUGUAUCCCUGAUAAAGAGUCUUUGCGUAGUUUGUUUUUCGGCGAGUGUCAUGACGCCACCGACCAUUUUGGGUACAAGAAGACUGCAGCCAAUUUGCUGCGAAGGUUCUGGUGGCCCACGAUGUUAAAAGAUGCUAAGCUGUACGUGGAAACUUGUCAAGUUUGCCAACGAGACAAGCCCCGUACUCAGGCUCCUCUUGGGCUGCUCAAGCCCCUUCCGAUUCCGGAAAGGCCGGGUGAAAGCUUGUCCAUGGACUUCAUGGAUACACUGGUCACCAGCAAGAGUGGGAUGAGGCAGAUCUUCGUCAUCGUGGAUAGGUUUAGUAAGUAUGCUAGGUUAAUAGCCAUGCCGAAGACCGAGUAUGUAAUCAGGCUGUUCAAAGAGAACUGGGUGAGGGAUUUUGGAUUGCCUAAGUCUAUUGUAAGUGACAGGGAUGUCAGAUUUACAAGUGAGUUAUGGAAGGCCGCUGCAGCUGAACAGGGAACUCAACUGCAAAUGACUUCUAGAAACCAUCCAGAAGCAAACGGCCAGGCUGAACAGAUGAACCGCGCUGUUCAACACCUGUUGAGGCAUUACAUUAAGCCCAAUCAGGUGGACUGGGACGAGAAGCUUGCUCUUGUCGCCAGUCUGUACAAUAACGCUGUACACAGCGCUACCGGGGAAGCAAAGAAAGGAGCAUCAAAGCCAAAGAACGCUCCUGGACGAUAUGCGAAGCCAAAGCGCAUGAACUGGGAGGACAAUUUGGAGAAGACAUGGGUGGGCCUCACCGAUCAACUGCGGUGUAAUGGCUAUGGACAGACGAUGUCACAUGACACUAAGAAAGUGGUGUUCUGCGACAAGCCGGACCCCCCAAAAGUUGCUGCUUUGCGGGAGCGCUCGCUACGCUUGAGCAGGAAGAGAUGGAACCCGGUCCUUCAAAAACACUGUGAGUAAUAAUAAGUUUUUUUAACUUUUUUUCUUUCUUUUUUGAAGUCUUUUCCCUUAUUAUUUGUUGGGUGGAUAGAGUAAAACCAGGGUUCUCAC